AGUUCCGAAACAUUUUUUCUACUUCCUGCAAAAUAUAAACAAUUACGCACAAACCAAAACAAAGGAAAGUGAAAAGUGAAAAAUUGUUAAAACAUGCCGUUUCUAGGACAAGACUGGCGAUCACCAGGGGAUCAGUGGGUGAGAACAAAAGAAGGAUGGGAAAGACUUAAGUUAUGGAGGAUAAAAGUGUUUGAAAAUUUAAACGAAAGCAUCCUUGCAAGGUUAAUCCGAUUGGCUGUAUUAAAUUUUGAAGGCGAGAAUGGCAAUGACCAGUACACGCACCAACCAAGGAUUCAUUUCAUCAAAACUUUGUCAAGAGAGCGUAAAGUCGUGACGACAUUGAGCGAAUCUUUCAUCCUUCUAGAUAUGACAGGUGCUGUGAAAGAUAUCAGAAGGUUUAACUAUGUCAAAAAGAUACUUCAUUUAUUGUUGAGUCAAAGUUUAGUGAACAUGUCAGGAACUUCACAGAAAUAUAUCUUUAGUAUAUUAGACGAAAUGGUAAAUCAAGUUGUAAAGACUAAGAACAACAUGAAAGCCAUGACAGAUUUACUUGAUUGUGCCACAAAUUCUCUAAAUGAUGGUAGAUAUAGCCAUAUUGGAUGUACCACCUUGUGGAACAAACAUUUCCAAGCAGUUCAAAAAAUGAAAAACAAAUUGAAUGGUUGCAAAACUUUCACGAGAAAGGAAGAUGGCAAACCUACAAUAUCUGAUUUACCAGAAGAUUGUAUAAGAUGUAUCUUAGAAAGACUGGCUGAUCAUAAAGAUGUAGUCCACACUGGCAUGACAAAGUCCAGUAUCUUUCACAUCACAGAAUCACAGCUGAUAUGGAAACACAUGAGUUUCUUUCAUUUCACAGACAGACAGUUACUGACCUUUGUACCAGACCAACUUGGUGUCGACGAAGACUUUAUCAACUGGAAACAUAUCUACAGAAAAUGCUUCUUGAGAUAUGGAAGAAAAGAAAUCUAUGCAGAUACAUUGGCAAUAUGUUUACAUUGUGAUAACAUCUUUUGGAAGUCAAUUGGUCAUCCCUGUAUCAGUGAACAAGAGCCAGCUGCCAGAAUCCUUCAGCCAGAAGCUUUUCUGAAACUGUUCCAUUUCUGAAUCUCCAUGGUAACUACAGAUCUCAGCGCAAGGAUAAUCAUACAAUCAGAUCUGAAAUCGUAAAAAAUGCAAUAAACUUUUAUUGGAAUGUGAGUGUUCAUUAAGAAAAUGCAAUAAAUAAGUGAUACUUAAAUUAGGCUGAAAAAGUCCAAGCAACUGAAAAUGCCACAACAUGUAAAUUUGUUAUUUCAGAAUUUUAAAGGUCAUAUUUUCAAGGGCAUCAGAAUAUUGUUAUAAUUAUCCAAUGAACAUUCAGCAAAUGCAAUGGCAUACUGAUACUUCCAUUUUGAUUUCACUAGAAUAAAACACAAAUGGCUGGCAAACUGUUACAUUCAUUUUGGUUAACUAAAAUAAAGUAUAAAUGGCAAGUCAGAUUCUGAAAUCCAAUUGGAUCUUUUAUAUAGCAGAAAUAUGUUAUCCUUUCUUGUUUAUGUGUUUUUUAUCUUGUUUGUUAAAUGUACUACUUUUUUGGUCCAACAAUGUAAUGGACCAGUUGUAUAUAUUUUGUUAUGAUAUUUUUGAUAAUAGAUGUGAUGAAUGCUUGCCGAUUUUCUCAACAUUCUGUGAUAUACUGUCAUGUUGUCAUGGUGAUAUUCUGCCAUUUUACCACAAUUUUUUGUUGUCCGGGUAUAUUUGUUAAUCAUCUAGUCUAUAUUGGCUAGUUAGUCUUUCAUUAUUGUCCCAUUUAAAAUUCUGAUUAGUUUAAAGUGCAUGUUCUAAUAUUAUUGCAAACUUUGUUUCUAUACAGUUUUACCUAUUGCUAUUUCUCGUUUUAGAAUUAUAGUUAACUUUUGUUUAUAUACAGUUUUGUCUAUUACUAUUUCUCAUUCUAACAUUAUAGCAAACUUUUUAUGAUAACAGUUUUACCUAAAACUAUUACAUGUUCUGUUAAAAUUUUAUAUUUCAUGCAUAAAAUGUCAAAUACAAUAUGAACAAUAUAAAACUUUUAACAAAUUCAUAGGAUAAUUAUUUACCUUCGACAGAUCUGCAUUUGCUUUAAUUAACCCUUACCAGAUUUUCUAAUGCAAAAAUCUUGUUAAUAAAAUGGCAAACAAUUUCCAUACAAUAUGCUUUUGAAAUCUCAACAUAUUCUUACUGUUGAGAAAUAUGUUUCAAGGGAAUCAACUCAUUCUAAAUUCAGGAGUUUAGUUGAAUCUCAUAAAACAUUAUAAAUUGUGCUGAUUAUACGGUGAAUUUAGUGCUUUGUCCUGUUAUAUUCAGGGAAGUUUUAUUAGUGCAUUUACUUCAUUGUUUACUUUUAUUUGUUAUAUAUUCUGGAGUUUGGAAUUUUUUUAUUGACCAUGUCAAUUUUUAUGUAAAAACAUGUAUAAUAUGUUUUUAAAUAUAUUCGUUCAUGUUUGUAAUUUUGAAGUUUUGUCUUUCAUGUUGUUGGUAUGAACUUAUAUCAAUCUAUAUCAUUUUUACAUAUUUUACAAGUUUGUUUUUUAACUUGUCUCAAGCAUUUAUUGUUGUUAAAAUAUAUAAAACUGAAAGUUUUUGUGUCUCUUUUUUGAUGUUGUUAUGUUGAGUAAACAUAUACAUUCUAUUUAAUGCAAUAUAGCUUUUUGCUUAUUUGAUAAACAUGUAUACAAAUUAAUACAAGAUCAUCAAUCAAGUUUGUAUAUUGUUUAUGAUAAAGUAAAAAAGUAGGUUAGCUGGAGCAAAGGUCACAUUUUGCAAUUAGUGCAUGUAUAUGUUCAAUUUCUGACUGUAUCAGUCUUUAUUGUUAUAUUUUUACUAGCAUAGCAAAAAUAUGACUGAGGUCAUGCAAAAAUUGUUGAUGGUUUCCCCUUAUCCUUCUGGGUCAGUUUUUACUCUCCACCCUUUUGCUCAGUCCUCUUUUUUUUUGGCAGAUGAAAAAAAUGUUCCUCUGGUUCCGUUUGACAGUUUUCAAUGAUGCUUUUUAAAAUGAUAAUCUCUUAAAUUUGUGUCAUAAUUGCUCAAUUAUCAUCCCUUCAGCUUACACAGCUUAUACCACAUAACAAUGUCUAACAAGAAUUUACUAUCUGAAAGUAACCAACUAUCUUCUCCGACUGUAUAUUGAAACUGAUUUUUUACACAAAAAAUAAAAAGAAAUUCUUGUUUGCCUGGCCUUGAUAAUUUUCACAUAUUAGGGAAAACCAACAUUCAUUUUUCUUUAGCCUGAUCAUGCGUGAAUCUCACUUACAGACCUGAACAAAAAUAAAAUGUUUCAAGUGAGGGGGAAAAUGUGUGUAGACUGCAGUUUGUAUGUGAUAUUAUUGUUGUUCAUGUUGUUCUUGUUCAUUUUAAGAAAAUAUAAAAUUUAUGAAG